UGUCCACCCCGCUAUCCACUUGGAGAAGGCCUUACUGAGUCUGGCUCGCGCACGGGCCAAUCCCCUCGCCCUACACCUUGGCUGGAACCUGAGACGGAUUCGCUCCCAAAAGAUGCUCCAGUGGCAGGAGCAACUCAAGUUCAUCAUUGUCCUGAAAGAGAGGAACAGCGCGGUUCUCGGCCGGAACAGCAGAACGGCAGGGGACCCUCACCUGGGCGCAGCGGGGCACGGGCUUUGAUUGUCCUGGGGCCGCGGAGACCCGCGCGCCUGCCCUGCACGCCGGGCGGCACCCUUUGCAGUCGCGUUGGCUGCUGCGAUCGGCCGGCGUGCCCCUGCCGAAGCCUCGGCUGCUUCUGUCCACCUCUUACACUUCUUCAUUUAUCCGUGGAUCAUUUCGAGAGUCCGUCUUGUAAAUGUUUAGCAUUUUGCUACUUUAUUGCUUCUUUCUGGCGACGGUUCCAGCACUCGCCGAGACCGGCGGAGAAAGGCAGCUGAGCCCGGAGAAGAGCGAAAUAUGGGGACCCGGGCUAAAAGCAGACGUCGUCCUUCCCGCCCGCUAUUUCUAUAUUCAGGCAGUGGAUACAUCAGGGAAUAAAUUCACAUCUUCUCCAGGCGAAAAGGUCUUCCAGGUGAAAGUCUCAGCGCCAGAGGAGCAAUUCACUAGAGUAGGAGUCCAGGUUUUAGACCGAAAAGAUGGGUCCUUCAUAGUAAGAUACAGAAUGUAUGCAAGCUACAAAAAUCUGAAGGUGGAAGUUAAAUUCCAAGGUCAGCAUGUGGCCAAAUCCCCGUAUAUUUUAAAAGGGCCGGUUUACCAUGAGAAUUGUGACUGUCCGUUGCAAGAUAGUGCAGCCUGGCUACAGGAGAUGAACUGCCCUGAAACCAUUGCUCAGAUUCAGAGAGAUUUGGCACAUUUCCCUACUGUGGAUCCAGAAAAGAUUGCAGUAGAAAUCCCAAAAAGAUUUGGACAGAGGCAGAGCCUGUGUCACUACACCUUAAAGGAUAACAAGGUUUAUAUCAAGACUCACGGUGAACAUGUAGGUUUUAGAAUUUUCAUGGAUGCCAUACUACUUUCUUUGACUAGAAAGGUGAAGAUGCCAGAUAUGGAGUUCUUUGUUAAUUUGGGAGACUGGCCUUUGGAAAAAAAGAAAUCCAAUGCAAACAUCCAUCCGAUCUUUUCCUGGUGUGGCUCCACAGAUUCCAAGGAUAUCGUGAUGCCUACCUACGACUUGACUGAUUCUGUUCUGGAAACCAUGGGCCGGGUAAGUCUGGAUAUGAUGUCCGUGCAAGCUAACACGGGUCCUCCCUGGGAAAGCAAAAAUUCCACUGCCGUCUGGAGAGGGCGAGACAGCCGCAAAGAGAGACUCGAGCUGGUUAAACUCAGUAGAAAACACCCGGAACUCAUAGACGCUGCUUUCACCAACUUUUUCUUCUUUAAACACGAUGAAAGCCUGUAUGGUCCCAUUGUGAAACACAUUUCAUUUUUUGAUUUCUUCAAGCAUAAGUAUCAAAUAAAUAUCGAUGGCACUGUGGCAGCUUACCGCCUGCCAUAUUUGCUAGUUGGUGACAGUGUUGUCCUGAAGCAGGACUCCAUCUACUAUGAACAUUUUUAUAAUGAGCUGCAGCCCUGGAAACACUACAUUCCAGUUAAGAGCAACCUGAGCGAUCUGCUAGAAAAACUUAAAUGGGCAAAAGAUCACGAUGAAGAGGCCAAAAAGAUAGCAAAAGCAGGACAAGAAUUUGCAAGAAAUAAUCUCAUGGGCGAUGACAUAUUCUGUUAUUAUUUCAAACUUUUCCAGGAAUAUGCCAAUUUACAAGUGAGUGAGCCCCAGAUCCGAGAGGGCAUGAAAAGGGUACAACCACAGACUGAGGAUGACCUCUUCCCUUGUACUUGCCACAGGAAAAAGACUGCAAUGGUAUUUCAUUAGUCAGGAUUCUCCAGCCCACAGGCCCAAUCUGAGCCACCACCAGUGUUUGUACAGCCUGCAAGCUAAGAAUGAUUUCAACAUUGCUAAGUGGCUGAAAAAAAUAAAAAGAAGAGUAUCUCAUUACAUGUGAAGCAUAUAUGAAAUUCAAUUUUUGGUUCAUAAAUAAAGCUUUUGUAUUAGUUUCCUAUUGUUGCGAUGAUAAAUUGCCACAAACUUACAUGGUUGAAAACAACAUAAAUUAUUCUUUCACAGUCUUGGAGGUCAGAGUCUGAAACCAGUUUCACAGAGCUCAUGUCAAGGUCACUGGCAGGGCUGAUUCCUUCUGGAGUCUCGGAGAGGAGAAAACUUUUCCUUGCCAUUUCCAGCUUCUAGAGCUGCAGUCCUUAUAUUUCUUUUCUUGAGGCCCCUCUUCCAUCUUCCCAUCCAGCAUCUUGGCAUCUUCAAA